AUGGCCCCCCACAUCGACUAUCAGCCCGACAGACGGUGCAUGCUCGAGCAACUGACUCUCAAGCUUGGGCUUAAGUGUGAGUGUGUGUUUUUCCACACGGGUCAUCACCGUAAUGGAAUCGAUCGGCCCGAUGCGUUCAAGUGGUACGGUAUCGAUUUUCCACCGGGCGCUCAAUCGCUCCCGGGCUCGGAAGCAAAGCCGCCAAUAUGUUGCCCGUCGCGGUACUUGCUGGGUGUCCUGCUGCUGCACGCCUCGCUGGCGGCGGCCGCCCACUGGGACCACGCGGUUUUCCUCGACGACUACUACCGGCUGCUGUGGAGCAUCUCCGGCCAGGAUAUCACGUUCGAGGUGCAGGCGCGCACCCACGGCUACAUCGGGCUCGGGUUCUCCAAGGAUGGCACGAUCUACGGCGCCGACAUCGUCAUCGGCUGGGUCGACCAGGGUCAGGUGCACUUUCAGGACCGACACGUGAAGAAACACGGCGAUGGAGAACCACUGGUCGACUCCUCCCAGGACUACGUGCUGCUGUUGGGCUACGAAAACCAGACGCACACGGUGCUGCGCUUCAAGCGCAAGCUGGACACAUGCGACGUUGCGUACGACGUCCCAAUCACGAAUGACACGAUGCGUGUGAUUUAUAUGUACCACGAUAAGGAACCGCACGGCGCGUUCUACACUCCCGGCAGCCUGCCGGAUCCAGCCGAAGCCUUCAAGCAGGCCCGCUCACUCUUCCUGACGCAGCGCAUCAACCAAGCUCCACUCAAACCCGACCCGCGACUUCGUACGCUCGAGCUGCUCAAUCAGGACGUGACCCUGCCGGACACCGAGGGCACCCUGCACUGGUGCAAAAUGUUCAAGCUCAACGAUAUCAAUCGCAAACAUCAUCUGAUUAGGUACGAGCCUGUUUUGGAGAGGCGCACGCUCGAUUCCAGCAGCAGAUAUGUUUACCACAUGAUCCUGCACGAGUGCCAGGGUUCCUCGCCGGAGAUGGAAAUUAUGUCGCGCGAAAACGGCUGCCCGUGCUACCGGACGGAUCGAUCGAUCCUGUCCUGCAACUCGAUAGUGGUCGCCUGGACGCGCGGUUCCGAGGGUUUCUCUUUCCCGAGCCAAGUCGGGUAUCCGCUAGAUUCGAACCAGGCCCGUUUCUACCUGAUGGAGACGCACUACAGUCUGCCGGAUCGGGAGUACAGCUGGCCAUCUACAAAGCCGAAAGUGAUGGUGGAUAACUCCGGCCUUCGGCUGUACUACACUGACACUCUUCGGCGUGAGGACGCAGGUGUCCUGUCGGUCGGGAUGGACCCGAACUGGCGGCAUAUCAUCCCACCCGGUCAGGAGCACGUUGUAUCCGAGGGUCACUGCGUGGGCGAAUGCACUCAGCGGGCUUUUCCACGUGAUGGAGUUCACAUUUUCGCCGUAAUGAUGCGCACGCAUCAGAUCGGUCGACAGAUCAAGCUCCGGCAGAUUCGCCACCGUGAGGAACUUCUCCCGAUCGCGCAUGAUCGUAAUACGGACUGGAACUAUCAGGAGUACCGUCGAUUAUCGGCCCCAGUGCGGGUCCUUCCAGGUGAUCGACUCAUCGCCGAAUGCAUCUACGACAGCUCGGGUCGGACCGCAAUCACGCUUGGUGGGUUGACGACGCGCGAAGAGACGUGCCUGGUGUUGGCGUUGUACUAUCCCCGGCAGAAGGAGCUCACGACCUGCCACUCGCUGCCGAGUCUGCCCACCGUAAUCAACUCGCUUGGCAUUAACGAGCUGGUGCCGGGCUCGAAUCCGGUGCGGAUCGCAUCACCACCGGAACUGUCUGGAAUGACCCUCGAAACGCGCCUGAUCUCGUACGACUGGCGGAACAACUUCCGCAGCUUCCAAUACGUCACACGCCGAGGAACCUUCAAGCCACUUUGCUGGAGCGCCAAAAACCAGCCCGUGCCGGGCACGGAAAAUCUGGAAGGGUUUGCGCCGAACAUCACCAAGUCAUACAAGAUCAUCCGGUCCUGCAGCUUCGUCGGCAGCACGAAGGUAGCCAACGUGUUCUUCCAGAACCGGAACCGGUACGUGACGGAGUCGGAGGCAAGCGUGGAUCGGACGCUGGAUGCGGACAGCGACGAGGACGACAAUACCGACAGCAACAACGUGAUAGAGGGCGCCGCUAGGAGCAAGGUGUCUCGCAGCUCGGUCACCGAAUCGAUGGGUCUUAGUGGCGGCCCAGCCACGUUCCGGCCGCUCGGUUCUGCACCGAAGAUGUUCGCGUUUCUGCUGUUUAUCAUCUUUCUCAACUCCUUCCGGAUAGCGACCGACCGUUCGUUCGCGACCGUUGGGGCCGAUUGAAGGGAAUCAACCCUCACGACUCGUUCGCGAUAAGUAGGCAACCAAUUGCACGCGGUGGUGGUUCCGGUGCGUUUUUAUUCUACCCUCCGGGUGUUGUGCUCCCGGAAUGGCUCGAGAGAAUUGCGAAUGUACAUAAGAAUUCGUGGGUGAAAGGAUGAAGUACAUGCUCCCCGGAAGACAAUGCCGGGGGAAUCCUUAGGAACGCGGGGUUACCUUUGAAUUCCACCAGGUGGAAGGAUUAAUCUGUUCAGUUUCUCGUAGUCGAUGGUAAGUGUGUUGCAUAGGAAAAAGAGAGAGAGAGAGAGAGAGAGAGAGAAAAUAAUGCUAGCGAAUAAUUCUCGAAACACUCGAAAAGACUUUCAAAUUGAAAGGCAUGCAAAUUGAGGACUAUAAUAUGCAAGUUUGGUUUUAAUGUGAAACAAUUCAUGAGUUCGUGAGUACGUAAGUAAAAGCGACAUAAAAGAGCGUAGAACGAACGAAGAUAAGCAGCUCGUGGCAAAGCACAUAAAACUGAAGCAGAAAAAUAAUACGGAUAAGGGUGCGAAAGAGACGCUAGCCAUUCUUCAAUCCUCUCGUAUUCUUUUUUUUUGUAAAUAGCAUGCGGGCUUCGCCGUAGCAGCAACUGUUGUGUAAAUAGUGCAUUUUGUAUAAAUGAAAAUGAAACCGAACCUAAAGAACACCUACCAGUAGUAGCUGAACGUAAUGAACCAAAAACCAAAAGAAGAGAAAAGAAAAAAAAAAUACACAUAAAAGUAAAAAUACGAAAAAAAAGAAAAUGAACAAAAAAAAUAACAAAAUGUCAAAA